AAAGUGGGAAAAAGCAAAGAAACUUCGGCUACGUUUCAACUCCGCGGGUUACUCUAUGCGUGUCCCUAUCUCUAGACACUUCGAACGCCGCCUUUCUACGUAACGGGGGCGCGGCCAUCGCGGACGUGCGUGCUCGCGUCACUUCCGCACGGGGUCAGCCGCCUUGCGAAGGGUUCGCCGACGUGGGGCUGACGCCGCUGGGUCCUCGUGCCUGCUGGUUAGUGGCCACGUCUCCCGGAAGAUGGAUCCGGGGAGCCCUGGCUAGACUGCGGCCUGGGCAGGAGCUGCUGCCGCUGUCGGCUUCUGUCCCGCCUCGCUCCUUUCCUCGGCGUCGAAGGCCCAGCGUGGGCUCCUCGGCUUCGGAGACCUGGGUAGGAGCCGGCAUGGAGUGAGGCCGCGAGGGUAAGCAGAGGCCUACCUGGGAGCGGGGUUUGGACCCCUGAUAGUAACAGUAGCAAUAACAAUAACAACAGUAGCAACAAUAAUGGUAAUAAUAAUUGCAAUUAAGUUGUAAUUUUGCUGUGUCUUGUGGAGCGGCUAGUACCGCGCGAUUGCGACUUUAUUUGUUGUUUAUGAUUACACCGGCGGUUGAUAGUCUUCAUUUUCGCCCAAGGUCUCUCACACGCUUCUCCCCGCUCUCCCAUUUCAUCCCCACAACGGCCCGGCGAGGUAGGUUAGGCUGAGAGGCUGGAAAUCAACCCGUGGGCCUAAUGGUUGAGUGGGGAUUUGAAUCCUGGUCUUCCAGGUCUUAGCCCGACAUCAUCAUCAUCAUUAUUACUAUUACUACUACUACUAUUAUUAAUUUCUUUAAGCCCCAUUAUUAUUGUUAUUAUUCAUUUAUUUAAAGCCCACCUUUCCCUCUGAAGGCUUUAAUCACUAUUUUGCACUGGCUCUUCUCUCUCUCCCGCCAAUAAUUAUUGUUGGCGGGAGAGAGAGGAGAGCCAUUGUAAAAUAAUAAUAAUAAUAAUUUAAUUUAUAUCCCGCCCAUCUUGCUGGGUUUGCCCAGCCACUGUGGGCAGCUUGCAGCAUAUAUAAAAACACAACAAAGCAUCAAACAUUAAAAAACAAAAGAUCCUAUACAAUCAACAAACCAACCAACCAAUAAAUCAAUAGAAACCAAUGAUAACAACAAUAACAAUAAUAAAAAUAUUAAACAGUUUACAGUUAUACCCAAAUUAAAAUAACCGCCAACCCCAACUAAACAUUUACCCAACAUCAACCGGACAAAAACAAAACAGAGGAACCAAAAUUAGAACCGUUUAAAACAUUUUAGUCAGUUGCCCCAACUCAAGAGUUGUUCCAGCAAUGUUCUUCUGGCCUCUCAGGAGCCUCUUUUAGAAAGGACACAGUGGCUUCAAAUCAGUGUGAAGGUAAGUAGCCUGUUAAAUGUGAACUAAGUUGAGAUUUAGCAGGUGAAUUCCGCCUGUAGAGAACUGCAGCAGAGAGAUUCUGCCCUCCAAAAAAGAUUAUUGUUGUUCAGCUGGAAAAGGCACAGGAGCCUGGCCACACAAAAUUUUUAAAAAGGUGACAACCCUGCCGUGGUGGAAUUACUGCCAUUGUAGAACUGUUCUUUGUUAAAGAGGUGAGGUGGUUUGCAUAGAGAGGAAUGUGCGGGUCAAAUAUAGAAAGAAAUAGGAGGUAGGAAGAAGAGGGUUGGGAGCAUUGUGGAAUUUACUGGCUGCAGUGAGGGCAUGGGGCAGAAAUUAAGUCUGAGGUAAUAUCUCUGGGAAAAGAUGGAGCCUUUGGCAGAGCAGGAUCCGAUGAGCAAGAUUAAAAUUUAAAAGGCAAACAAAUAGAAUAGGAGAAAAGGAGUAUUAUUGACUGACUGACUGACUGACUGACUGACUGGAGCAAAUAACAAUGCACGUCUCAGUAUUUAUGCCAACCCCUGGCCCCACCCACAUGUUGUUUUUAUUUUUGAAGCAUGUUCCUCAUGUGCACUAGAAGAAACACCCACACAAUUUAAUCUACAUAGCAGGCAAGGGUUUGCCAAGGUUGUGGCUUUCUAAAAACAAAACAACAACAGAAAAACUGGUUGUAGAGUGCUAUAUAUUUAGAGAUAACUUGGCUGUGGUUUUUCUUUCUUUCCACAAAAUGUGUUGUUUUUCCUCCAGAUUUGCAGUAGCAACCAUCCCCAGGCCUGGAAUACAUUUAUGUAAAACAUGAGUGGAGCAAUCACUGGCUGGCAGCUGUUUUCAUGAUGGUAGAGGUUUAAAAAUCUGCUGCCAUGAUCCAAGGAUUUGGUGUUGCCUGCCUGUUUCUGUGAUUGUUUUCGCACAUUUGCUUCCUUGGAUGAACGUCAUAGCAAGGGGGAGACUAACCUGGCCCCAUCCAUUGGGUAGAGGAGCAGCAGUACUUCCCCACACUCUAUUAUUAUUAUUAUUAUUAUUAUUAUUAUUAUUAAACCACUCUUCUGUGACAUUCUAAACUUUGCUUGCUUCCCUCUUUGUUCUCCAUCCUUUUCCCUUUUGUAUCAUAUUUAUUGGAUUGUGAACCCGCCGACAGGGGAUCUCUUAUGUUUUAAUAGCUGUAUAACACUUAGAAAGUUUUAGGUUCUUUAAAAGUGUUUCCUAGAGAAAUGUAACAUUUUUAUUGAGGCCAGAAUUGCUCAUAUAAAGAAUAAAUUAUUGUGUGGAUGGAUCCUAGAUGAUGUGUGGUAGCUCAACCAAACAAACUUAUUAAUAUUUUUGACUGAUCUUUAUACGUAUUUCUGGUCACAUUUUCCAGCAGUGGGGUAGAUGAACUUGUCAUAUAUAAAUACUUAAACCAGUACUGUUUUGUAGCCUCCUUCCUUGGAGAAAACUGUUUGGCAUUUGAACUGAUGUAAUACAGAAUUCUACUUGGAUUUAUUGUAAAUAAAAAGGCUGAUAUGUCCAAAUUUGUCUCUGGCACAGCUUCCAUUGAUUUCAGCAUGACUUGUACAGAAGAGCUUCACAGUGAAUUUUGUCUUGUUGUGUAAACCUGUCUGCCAUUUGUCUGCUUUUAAUAAUUCUCAAAAUCCAUAUAUAUACCUGCAAGCACCAAAUGUUAUGUCAUUGCAUCCAGUACACAUGUUUACAGCCAGAUCUUCCAUAAUCUCAUAGAAAGUAGUGAUUUGUGGAGCAAAAGGAAUGCAUGGCUGAGCCAAGAUGUAUCUUUCUUCAUUGCAUAGCUUAUGUCCCCAUAGUCCAACUCCACCAGAACAGUCAAGGUCACAAAAUUGUAGAGUUGGAAGGGGCCAUGUGGAUCUUCUAGUCCAACCCCUGCAAAGCAGGAUUUUUUUUUGCCCAGUGUGGAACUUGAACCCACAACCCUGAAAUUAAUAAGAGUCUCAUGCUCUGCCAACUAAGCUAUACUUCUUCCCCACUCAUCCCUUUUGCUCACUGAAUAGGACAUUCUUUCUUUCUGUGUGAUUGAGUUAGAUCUGUGUUGAAACCCAUGGAUUUUCUCCCACAGCCUAUGUCCUGUAGGGCUGCCUCUAAAAUUACUGCUGAGUGAAAUGGAGAUGCUGUCCAGGCAUUGCCCUUCUGCCUGACACUUUCAUUGAGGAUAUAAUUUUAAAGAGUAAGAGAAAUGUUAACUUGGUGAUUUGUUGGGUUCCAGCUCCGGUUUAUGUGGUGAUGGAACAACUUCCUCCACCAAGCUCUACAAAAUUGACUCUGUGUGGCAACCUGAAGGAAAUACCAGCUGAAUGCUUUAGUUAAAAAUAAUAAUAACCUAUGUGUGAUCUAAAAAUCCCAUUGUUUGACUCUUUUCUUCUCCCACCAGGGCGGAUAUUGGAUCUUCAAAUUCCAUAUAUUUUUUUAACUUUCAUUAUGUCUUGGUUUGCUGACUUGGCUGGAAAGGCAGAGGACCUUCUCAACAAGGUGGAUCAAGGUGCUGCAUCUGCUUUGAGCAAGAAAGAGUGUUCUGGCAAUGCAAAUUACAGCAAUAGCACUUUGAAUGAUGUCAGCGAGUUCCCCAAAGUGCACCAACAGACCCGGGAUCAGCAGUAUCCAGCAUCAUCUAAGUCUGGCUUUGUCUCCUCGGCAGCAGAUAAUAUUAAACAUCAAAAGGCAACAAUCCUGGCAGGAACCGCCAAUGUUAAAGCAUCGUCCAGGAUAUCCAUGGAAUCUUCCCCUUCUACAGAGGCAGCAUCCAUGCCCAGACCGUCUUCCCAGUUUGUGAGAAGGAAAAAGUCUGAACCCAACGACGAACUCCUGUUUGACUUUCUCAAUAGCUCUGAAAAGGAACCAAAUGGGAAAAUGGACCUUAAGCGAGAGAAGAGCAGAGCAGCUGCUUCUCAAAAUCACUCUCGGACUUCAAGCAUCAGCUCUGUGUCGGCAAGUUCGCAGAGUGUCAAAACCGGUGAAGACGCUUCCGUUCGGAGUCAAGGCAAUGGUAGUUAAGCAUAACUACAUAGGUUAAGGAAUAUGUUAAAGUGUGGUAGUGGUGAGAGGAUUCUGGGCCUUUAUUAUGAUGAUUACAUGGUGCAAAUUCUGAUUUCUGUGUUAUUAAAGGAUUUUAUUUUAGGAUUUUUCUGCUUGCCACUUUGGAGGGGGGAACCCCCUCAAGGUGGUUUCACAAUUAAAUUAGUAAAACAAAUUAAAAAGAUACAGUUCAGCUCAUCAAAACAACUUAAAAUAACUUUUCUACAAGCCAUCGAUAAAACAGUAGCAGCAGUUAAAACUCUGGAUUGGAAAUACAGACCAGCAUCAUUAUUCAAUAAAAAGGGGUUUUCAACAGUCAGACUCUUUUAAAAACAAUAGGUGAGGAAGCCAAACAAACAUCCCAGAGGGAAAAGUUUUACUGUGAUGGGGCCACCACUGAAAAGGCCCUGUCUCUUGUGUCUUCUAGCCUGUUAGAUCUUACCAUUGACCCAUGUGAGUGGCAGAACCCACAGAGUUUUCCUCUGCAAGCUUUAUUGUAGUGAACAGGAGCUGUUCCUUUGUGUGCUUCCCAUUCAUUUCAUUAUACUGGAGAUCUUACUGGGAAUUUGCACCCUGUGGGCCUGUUUCUCAUUUUAAUUCUGAGAUCACCACCUCCCUUUUCCUCUUGGUAGGCCCAGCCUUCACCAUGCAUAAGUGUGCACAAAUAUUCUGCAUGCAGUUUUGCACUUUCAUUUGGCUUUCAUUUUCUCUCCCAUGUUGCAUUUCCUACCAUGCAGAGAGCUGAAUGCAGGAAUCGGGAUACCACGUUCUGGCUUUUGCCUAGCCUUUGUUUACUGUGCCAGUGAAAAUUAGGUUAGGUUUUGGGCUUUAUUUUGGUUCGCACAUUAGAAAAAAUUAGAUGGGGCAUCCUGUUUCACACAUGUCUCCUGCAUGGCGGGGAACAUCAUUUUGGAUUUUAAAAAGAUGCCAGUGUGCUCCCACGAAGCCAUACUGAACAGUCGGUCAGGCUGGUGGGAUAAUGAAAAUGGUCAAUUUUGAUGCACAUAGUGAUCAUCAACCUACACCAGUCCUAUGCAACUUUUGGCCCACUGAGUCUUGCACAUUCCACCAACAGGGCACAAUUAUUAGGACAGGGCCAUCGAAAACAGCUCCACUCUCCUCAGGUGACUGGAAUUGUGUGGGGCUUGAACACCCAAACAGGGCUAUGGAGUAAGGUGGUAUCUUUGUAUAUGUGGCAGUAAUGUAGACAUUUUAAAAGAAUAAAUAUCUGGUGUGUCUGACUGCUAUGGCAGAUAAUUGUAUUUCAUUAGGCUACCUGGGAGUCAGUACAUAGGAGCCUCUGUGAGGCUUGUUUCUGAGCAGACAGGCAUGGGAUUACGCUGUUCUGUUCAUCGUAGAAAGUAGGUCUGCAAGGAGAUGUGCUUGCUUUAAAUGUGCCUCUCUGUACAGAUACUCUGGAUAGUUCCAGUUCUGGACUGGAGACUGAUGUGGAUGUUAAAAAAGACCCAUUGCCAACUGCAGAAGCAAACCCCAGCCUCGCACCUAAUGAUGGGAAAUCGCACGAGUUGUCCAAUCUUCGCCUUGAGAAUCAACUUCUGCGGAAUGAAGUGCAAUCUUUAAAUCAAGAAAUGGCAUCAUUAAUUCAGCGAGCCAAAGAAACGCAAACAGGUAGAGGAUUUAUAGCUUUGACAUUUCAAGCUAUUGGCACCUUUGGAAAUAAUUGAGGGUAAUACAGCAAAUGUUUGGGAAUGGUACUAAGAUAAUUUAUGUAAAGCCCUCUGAAUACUUGAAACAUGCUUUAAAAAUUCCAAGUAUUAUUGAUAUGGGGUUGGAUCCAGAGUUCCCAUUGGAGGAAAUAGCAGGGACAUAUUAUAGUCCCUCCUGAAUGUCUUUGCUGGAUUCUCCACACCAGUGAGAACCUUGUUUUGUAUUUUUACAAGUGUCUUCAGUCCUUAAGUCUUUUUUUUUACACAUUUCUAUUGUUUUGCUUAAAAACAUUAUUUAUUUCAGGUAGUUAUAGGCCCCAUUUCCUAACUGUACUUAAGAAAUUGGUAACCCUGGGUUUUGUCCAGGCUUCACCCUCCACAAACAGAAGGGCUACUUCUGUCCAAGGAUGGCUUUUGAUCCAGUGUGGUGCAAGAAGCAGGGCAGUUGGGGGAGGCCGCGUUUGCCCCCAGCGCCACCCACUCCACUGUUUCAAAGGGUUCCCCAGUCUUCUAUAGCAGAUUUUAGAAGAAGCUUGAAGGAAUGCUCUUCUAAAUGGGAGCUGACAAAAGCAUCCUCCCUCUUUUUGUCGGUGGGAGCAGUCUGGAUACAAGUCGGUGGUAUCCAAGAAACGUGUCCUGUUAGUGCAGGGAUUUCCACUGGUGCAAGGCAGCUUCCCCUCUCCUUUCUCCACACCCUCCCCAGAUCUGCUCUGGGGGUCUAGAGAAGGUUCAGAACAGAUGAAGGAGGAGGAGUGGGGGAGUUCCGUUGCACAAGUGGAAAUCCUUCUGCUGAAGAGGCAUGUUGAUUUGAAACUGCCCAGUAUAUCUGAAUUGGGACAAUGUGGUCAAACACUGCUUAUUUACUUUCAUAUUUAGUAUUCUAAUUUCUAAUCACUGGCAAAAUCAUGCUACACAAACUAACGAUACAAACAACCUUGUCAAUCACAUUGAUGUCUGCUGACUUAAACUUUUGCAGAAUUAAACAGUGCCCGAGCAAGAGUUGAAAAGUGGAAUGUUGACCAUUCAAACAAUGACAGGCUCGUUCGGGAACUUCAGGCUCAAGUGGAUGAUCUGACAGAAGCCGUUGCCGCCAAGGAUUCCCAGCUGGCUGUCCUGAAAGUGAGGUUACAGGAAGCCGAUCAGCUUCUCAAUUCACGUACUAAAGCACUGGAAACAGUGCAGAGUGAAAAAUCACGGUACUAAUCUAUUCCUCUUGCCUUAUUAUUUUUUUUAACUAGAGCAGGGUUUCCCAAACUUGGGUCUCCAGCUGUUGGACUACAGCUCCCAUCAUUCCUCCUAGCCUGCAGGACCAGUGGUCAGGGAUGAUGGGAAUUGUAGUCCAAAAACAGCUGGAGACCCAAGUUUGAGAAACCCAGAAUUAGAGAAAUCAAGGUCUUUAGGCUUGUUGUCUGUUAAUGUAUCCCUUUUGCUUAUAACAUGAUUUUUGUAUCUCUCAAUAUCUGAUCGUUGGCUUUAUCCUCAAAGGCAUCAGUCGGAUUGCUUCAGCUGUACUUCUUCUGUCCAUAAAGGAGAAUGCUCAUUAUAUGCUGUGCUGAGGGCCUGAUUCAGCUGAUACAUUUAGUGCUGUCGAAGCUGCUGCCACAACUACUACAUUUGCUUCCAUGUGGUUUGGCCAGCUUGCAUGAUUUUGAAACCUAAUCUGUGACAUCUGCAGGUGUGGUUUCGAACCAUAGAAUCUGCCCAAAUACUCUCUGUGGAGAUCUUACUCAUGUCCCUUGUGAUGUGGGAGCCACCCCAGAACUGUGGCUCAUUUAAAUAGGGCCUAAUUUUCACUGGAAUGUGCAACUCCUCUCUGGAGGUGGAGAAUGGGCGGCUCCUGAAAGCCCAUUGGCUGAAAGGCAUCAAUCCAGGCUCUUUCAGGGUUUCUAAGGGGGUGAUGUGAGCUCAUUGCACCUCUUGUUUUUCUCAAUAACAGCAGCAUCAUUUAGUGUUGCAAGCUGCUUCUUAAGCUCCCUGAGGUAUUAAGGCCCAGCUCAUUAUGUAGUACCAGUGACUAUUACUUAGAAAACAGAACAGAUGGGAAAUCUGUUUGCAUUCUCUGCAUUGGGAAGUGUUCAGUUUUAAGGUGGCUCUUCCUUCAUUCGGUUUGUAGAAACUGGGCUGAAUUCAGACAAAUUCUUAGAGGUUAAGGCUCUCAGUCAUUACUAGUGAUGGUGGCAAUACGUUACCUCUAGUGUUUGAGGUGCCAUGCACUGGAGUACUUCUUGUGAGGGAACAACAGCAGGAGAGAGCUGUUGUCUUGCGUGUGGGCUUCACAGGUGCAUCUGGUUGAUUCUCAAGGGAGACCAGAGAUUUUUAAUCUGAUCCUGCAGGAGUCUGGUAAAGUUGAAUUUUUCUUCUCUAGAAAAAUGAAAGGAAGCAAAGAACCCAAAUACAGUCACUGUCCUUGUCAAAUAACUAAUUUUCCUUUGAACAGGCAAACAAACUUGAAAAUGUAGUUGGUACAGUAGUACCUCAGGUUAAGUACUUAAUUUGUUCCGGAGGUCCGUACUUAACCUGAAACUGUUCUUAACCUGAAGCCCCACUUUAGCUAAUGGGGCCUCCUGCUGCUGCCGCACCGCCAGAGCACGAUUUCUGUUCUCACCCUGAAGCAAAGUUCUUAACCUGAAGCACUAUUUCUGGGUUAGCGGAGUCUGUAACCUGAAGCGUAUGUAACCUGAAGCGUAUGUAACCCGAGGUACCACUGUAGUUUGUUUGUCUUGAGAUUAAUUUUCCCUUUAUAAACUUUGAAAAAACACAGAGCGGGAAAGUAUGCAAUAUAACAUUUGGCUCGGUGUCUUCUUUUGUUUUUAAUUGAGACUUCUUUUUUGUGAAAGCUAGGCACUAAACUAGAAGAAUACUGUGGAGGAAAGAAUAGAACGAGAGGAAGGAACCACUGGCCUGCAGGCCAAGUUUGGCCCAGCUCAGGUCCCGAUUUGUUCAGUGAGGCUUUCCCCCUAAACUGCAUCCACCUGCUUUCAGAUGUGACGUCAGAUGUGGGGCAGGCAGAGAUGCGGCUGGAUCAUUGUGAAAAAUAGGAUAAUGCAGCAUGGUUCAUGUCACUGCCCAUCAGCUGAUGUCUGUUGACUCUAAGCCUGCUAGACCUGCUGUGCAACAGGCUUCUCUUCAGAAAGCAGCUUUGCCCGCCAUGUGCUCAGCAUUGGCAAGCAUAAGGCGGGCAGAGUCCCUUCCACAGUGGUUCCUAAGUGCUUGCGCAAGGGCCUCCCAUGGGUGGGUAGGAUAACCCACCAGUCAAUUGUCUGGCACCAUAAUGGCAUCAUGUCAUUGGCAGGUGAGUUGUCACACCCACAUGUCAAAGUUGGCCUGCUGGAUCGGGGACAGAUAAGGAUCUAGUCCACAACACACAUAAAAAGGUCCCCCACUCCCAAAGUAGAAUUUUACAGUACUGUGGAAAAGAUGGCAUUACUAUGGAUUGUGUCUUGAUAUUCUUUACAUCUUGUUUCACUAAACCUUUGCUGUCUUCCUCUCCAGAAUAAUACAGGAUAACAGUGAAGGGAACAGCCUGCACAAUCAAGCUCUCCAGACUCUUCAAGAGAGAUUACAUGAUGCAGAGUCUUCGCUCAGACGGGAGCAGGAAGGCUACAAACAAAUGCAGGUUAGAACAGCAACCUUGGAAGCUUCAGUGACAGAGGAACUGCAGUUGACAGAAUGCAAUAAAGUGCCUUCAAAUCUUGACAAUGCUUCUCCUCCCUAAGCACCCCUCAUGCAGAGUCUGCCCAUUUGUCCACCUGGCUCAGUAUCGUUUACACUGACCGGCAGCAGAUGUCCUGGCUUUCAGACAGGAGUCCAUCUCAGCCCUACUUGUAUAUAGAUUUUAUCUCUUAAUUAUGGAUGGUUUGUGUAAUAGGUUUUUAUUAUUUGUAAACUGCUUGGGAGCCUAUUUUGUUACUAAGAGUUAUAUAGACUUAAUAAGAAACAAUAAUAAAUAAUGCCUUGCAACUCCAGGGAUUGUACCUGGGACCUUUCUGUGUGCUGCCACUGAGCUACAGCUUUUGCAUGUGUACAUUAUAGUUUUAAUUAGUCGCUAUGGACUAGGAUCACCUUUCUUUCUUUCUUUCUUUCUUUCUUUCUUUCUUUCUUUCUUUCUUUCUCACACCCUCCAGAGCCAAUUUUCAGUCCGCAGGGGAGAGCUGUGGGGGAAAGGGGUAGAAUCAAUUCCACCAACAAUGUCCCUUCCAGUUUUCUCAUUUUUUCUCUGCGUCUCUUUUUAUUGUUUUUGAAGUUGUGAUAAACAUUAACCUUUCCUUCGCAGAAUGAGUAUGUGGCUCGUCUCAGUAAGUUGGAAGCUGAGCGUCAGAACUUGGCUGAAGCAGUUAUUGCAGCAGAGAGGAAAUCUGCAGAGGAGAAGCGGAGGGCGGAUGAAUUUCAGCAACAAGUCAAAAUGGCCAAGAGCGGCUUGGAGUCUGCUAGGCAAGAACUGGUAGACUACAAACAAAAGGCUACACGCAUACUCCAGGUGAAGCAAAUUUAUUGGAUCAAAAUUCACACCUCCCCUCCUUUUUUUCUCUUUAAAAAUUAAAAUUAAAAUGUUCAUACGAAGUAACCCAGGCCUUAUCCACAAAUAGACGUAUGCAGUUAUGUUUUACUGAUAGCUGGGGCUGCUAGGGAGAAUCUUCAGAUAUUAUUAUUAUUUACUUAUGUACUUAUGUACUUACAUACUUACGUACUUACUCACUCACUCCACCUUUUCCCCUGAUGGGAUUCAAGGUAUCUUACAGAUAAACUUAAGAGCUGCUAAAAACCUAAAUAAACAUUGACAAAAAUUGAACAAUAUACAUAUAGAAAAUCCCAAUACCAAUACCAAUAAUUACAAUAAAACCAGCAUGGCAGCACCCCUUUCAUCGAAAGCAGUUGUUUCGCAGCUAUGGGGUUGGUUGGCAGGAACACAUAGCUAGUUACAGAGUUAGUAUCCCUCCAAGUAACAGCUGCUGAGGAUGAACCACAGGGAGCUGCCAUCACCUUCAAGUCCUGCUGUUGCCAGAUUCAAAGUGAGCCCUUCUGGGGUAGUAAAUGUAAAGUAUUAUUUUUUAAAGUGUGUGCAAUCAAGCAUAGACUCUGGUGAUUACUUUGCAAUUUCAUUAACAUUACUUCUAUAUGUUAGGUUGUUUUAUGCAUGGCUGUAAUGUUCAUUUUUGUAAAAAAAAUUAAAAAUUAAGUAGCUAAUAUAAAUGAGUAAAAUUACGUCUUAAAUCUCAGUCGAAAGAGAAGUUGAUAAACAGCCUGAAAGAAGGGUCUGGCAUUGAAGGUCUGGAUAGCCAAACCACAAGCAUCAUGGAGUUGGAGGAACUAAGGCACGAGAAUGAUAUGCAAAGGGAGGAAUUGCAAAAACUGCGGGGGCAGAUACAGCAACUGAGGACAGAACUGCAGGUAUUGUAACAUCCGUAGCUGCUGCUGCUGCUGCUUCCUCCUCCUCCUCCUCCUCUUCUUUUUCUUCUUCUUCCUUACUACAUAAAAUAUCUCAAACCAAUUUACAUUUUUGAAAAAAGAGUUUAAAACAAACACUGAAAAGAAUAAAAUGAUGGCAUAUACCAGAAGUGCUCAUCCUGCAGUAAAGGACAAAACCCAACUCACCUACUAAAAAAUGGAACACCACUACAGGCUAGCAUGUUGUCAUUACUAUUUGAUCCCAGUUAAGAACCAAAUGCCUGGGGAAAGGUCUUAGCAUAUUUUCCUGUUGCCUAAAAGUUGGUAGUGAUGGCGCCAGGCGCACUUCUCUGUAGGUAGCCGGGGUAGCAUCAAGGAACAGACCUGUUCUGCUUUGCACGGGGUCAGAAAUGCAGGGUCCAGGUUGGUUAAUGUGGUACAAGAAUCAUGAGCAGAGGAAACUGCCUUGCACCAAAUCUUGGCUGUUAGUCUGUCUAGUUUAGUAUCGUCUACACUGAGUGCCAGUGACUCUCCAGGGAUUUGGGCAGGCCUCUUUGCCAACACUGGCCUAAAGAUGCCAGAAGUUUAAUUUUUUUUUUAUUGACUGAAUAGGGCUUGGAGAAGAGAAAGAGAACUGCCGUGGGGCUCCAUUGAGAGGAAAGGCAGGAUAUAAAUUUAAUUUAACAACAAUGAGAAUGGCUGGGGUGUUGCUUUUGAAGCAGAAUGUGCCCGAUUCAAAUCUUCUGUCGGCCUUAAAGCUUGCAAAGUGACCCAUGAGCCAAGCCCCCUCAGUCUAACUUAACUCACAAGGUGGUUAUGUGAGGAUAAAAUAGGAUAAGCAUACAAAGGAAGGAAAGUGUUAAUUAAACAAAUGUGAGAAAUAAAAUUCAUCUGCACUGCUCCAGUGCUAUCUUCUUGUUCAUUAAAUUAAACCAACCCUAUCUUUGGCCCAAUGCUCCAAGGUGGCUGCACCCGUUGGCUACAGGUGCUUCUAUUUGAGAUCUUGCGGGGAGGCAGGGCAGGAUGCAUAGAGAAAGAGAGCGUGAGAGAAUGAGUGAGUGUGUGUGUGUGUUCAUCUGCCACCUUUCCCUAGGAUACAGGACUGAGCGCCUCCAGCUACUGGCAGGGAGAUUUGAAGCAUUGGCCAUAGAUUAAAUACAUAGAUUAAAAGACAGAAGUUCAGAAUACACAGAGCAGUAGAGCUGGAAGAGACUUCAAAUGACAUCUGGUCCACCCCACUGUCAGUGAAGGAAAUCCAUUACAGUAUUGCAGCACUCUGAUUAGCGGCUAUCUAGCUUCUGCUCAAUCUCUUAGGCAAGAAGCUGGCCUUUUCAGUACUCUAACGAAGCACCACCAGCACAUCACUCAGGAGACUGCAUGUGCAGUUAGCCACACUUCUCUGGAGUUGCUCCCAGUGGGACUGCCUUGGCACACAAGCCAAUUUCUGAGGAGGGAAAGUGUUGUGUGUUGCAAGGACCACCCUGCAGUUAUCACACGCAACCAGUUGUGGCUGGUGAGGUGAUGCUCCCAGUUUCCCAGCACAGGAAGUUUACUAAGAGGGGUCUUGUGAGAAGCUUGGCUCAGUGUGUUAUGAAGAUAGGGCCACUUGCUCCUGCUCAUAAGAGUUGCCAUUUAUGAAAUUGCAUACAUAAGUAACAUUUCCUUAUAAUGCAGGAUAUGGAAACCCAGCAGAUAAACGAAGCCGAGUCCACAAGAGAACAGAUUCAAGAGUUGCAGGAUCAAAUUGCAACACAAAAAGCAUCCAGGCAAGAAGUGGAAGCUGAACUAGAGAGACAAAAACAGGUAAGUGUUGGAGAGAGGUUAUCGUUUCGCCAUACUUAAAUAUUUCCUGCCACCCAGAACUUGGAAAAACUAUUUUGGCUGGUGAACUACAUGUCUUUCUGAGGGAAUUGAGGAGGUGUGAUUAACAGGUGCUUAUUGAGCCUACUGAAUGAGGUCUAUGGAGCAGGACAGGAUUAUAAAUUUUUAUUAAACAGACUUUUAAAAUUGAAAAUCUUCUAGAAUUGCAAGGAUUUGAGCCUCUCAGAUGUAGGUGGUCAUCAAACUCCCUGAGCCCAUAAAGACCCCAGCUACCAAACCAAAAUCUAGACAAGACGAAGAAGUGCUGUUGGUUUGGGUUAGGUUCUUGGAAUCUCGGAGUAAGUGUUCAGCCAUUUUGAAUGGUGUUGCAUUCUCCCCUCAAAAUCAAAUUAAACCACCGGGGAGUGUUCCUAGAUCCAGUCUUACUUCCGGAAGGUCAGGGAGGUUGUUGGCUGUGAGUGCCCUUUCCUUGGGAAGCCACAAUCUGGCCAGAGUCAUUCAUGUCCGGGUCACUUCCACUUUGGAUUACUGCAAUGUGCUGCCUUUGAAGACUGUUUGGAGCUUCCGUUUGUUUUGCACAUAUGAAAGUAUAUUUUGCACAUUUGCACUAGUUGCCUGUUCACAUCAGAGUGUUCGGUUUGAUCUUUAAAAGCCCUAAUCUUGGUAGAAAUCCAACUGCUUCUAUAAAGAGCCAGCGCAGUAGAUAAAUACUGUUGUGAAUGCUACUAAAUGAUACACUGCACUGGUCCUGUGCUUACCACCACAGCUAUGGUGUUCAUACAUUAAUGGAAAUCAUGAUGUGCUUUUGUACAUAAUUUUGAUGUUAUGAACCCUUGACGAGGUCAAUGAAGAGCCCUCAAAAAAAGUCGUAAUCUAACCUGAUUCAAAAGGUCCUGUCAAUGCUCACUUGGAAACAGAUCGGUUUCCCUGUAUCAUGAAUCUUUCUCGUUUGUUUUUUGUUUUCAUCAUGUGUAUUGUGAGAUGAAGACAAAGUCAUGGGGAGUGAAAAAGGUUUAAUUUGCUUUACCUGGUUGGAACUCUCCAUCUUGCAGGAUUACUUGUCCUUCCAGAAAUUCCAUAUUAACUAGAGAGUGGCAGGCUGAACUAAUGAAAAGGCAAAAGAUCUACGUUUGCUCUCGGAAGGCGGCUGCAUAAUGUUUAUUAUUAUAGUAUUAUGAAGCCAUAUGGUGUGCCCUGUUGCAGUUUGAUGGACAUUCCGUUUUUAGUCUGUGCUUUGGCUCUGAGGUGGAAACUCUUAAAUGUACCCUGGCUCAUCCAUUUGAAUGGGCUUGUUUUAGCACGAGUGUUAGGUGUAAUUCGCUUCAGCCUUCUUGCUUGUUAUUUCCAAGCAAUACUUGGGUUAAAUAGUUUGAAAAUGAGGAUGAAAUCUGACAACAAUGUAGUCCUGCUUUAUAGUCAUUAAAGAGCACUUACUACUGUACAUGUCAGGUAGGUGCCAUCGCUCUUGUCCUUUUGGCAUCUGUUGAAGACUUUCCUGCUUCAGAAUAAAGAUCUUUCUCGGUCCGUAUUGGAUUUGAAAAUGGUGUUUAAUGCAUUUUAAUGGCUUUUGUUCAUUUGUAUGUGCAAACAAAUUUGAAUUAGGUUUUUAUAUAAGUAGUGACUUUUAAUUGUAUGUAUAUAUGCAUAUGUUCAUGAAUGAAAUAAUAAUUGCAGUACUGAACACAAGGGCAUGCAGCCCUUGAUCCACUUACCACAUGUGACCGGAGAGGCACUUGUUGCUUAAGUAAUGCCUUUCUAGCCUGCAGAAUAAAUCUGGAAUAUGUAGUGCAAACUCCCUCCUAAGCAGGCAUGGGGAACCUGUGGUCCUUCAGAUAUUGUUGGAACUAUAGCUCCCAUCAGUCCCACCCCAGCCAUGUUAAUUGCAUGCAAGGGGGAAUGGCAGUUCACUCAGGCCUGUUUCCAUAAUAGAUGUCCUCUCUGCUGAGCAGGUUGCUCAGCCGUCCAGUCCUUGUGAAGUGACGGGCCUUUCAAAUAGACUGGCAAGGGUCAUCUGCCUUUUUGGGACAAAGGGAACACUUUGGAAAUCUAAGAAAGUGUUGUGAGCACCACCAAAUUCUUAUUUCACAGAAGAAAAACUGGAGGUGCUUAGAAUUCCUCUCCUAAACAGGCAAAACUCCUAUACACACACACUCCCAAGGUGCAGGUGGCCACUAAACUCCCACUCUCUCUACCUGACAGAGUGCUAUAUUGCAAUUUUGGAACCAUACAGAAUAUUUUUUGGGCAGUAUUAAUAUUCCAAGAGGCAGCCCCACAUUUGAUGUACUGGGUAGCCUGGGGUGGUUCCUGCCAGUUUGGUGGAGGGGGCUUCUGUCCAUACUCUAAGGGCUAACAGUGCCAAAACACUUCUCCACAAUCCCCAUCCUUAAAACGCAUCAUUAUGGAUCUCCCAGGCCUAUUUCAUUCAAGGUCUUCAUCCUGUGUCAUACUCGUGCUAUUUCACAGUGCCCCGAGUUGUAGUUUCCAAGAAGAGGCAUAUUCUGAAAAGGGCCCCUGAUCAAGUUCCGCUUAUUUGUUUCCGUAUUCAUAACCGGAGGGUGUUGCUAACAGGCAUGGGAGUCUGUAGGUGUCUCUGUCACCAUGCAGAACUCACAUCAGAUGAAGCCAGUGUGCAAGAAAUUCCAAGAAAUGAGGCAGGGGAACAUCUAGAUGUGAAACAUCAGCUUUUCACCACUAAAGAAACAAAGCGUGUUGGAGCUGUUCCCCCCUUGUACCAUUCUUGUGUGAUCAGCCAUUCAUCUAUAUGGCUGGCACUGGAAUCAUUGUCCAUAAUUUUAUUCAGCCUUGGAUAGCCUUAACAUGCUUUUUCUCAACUCUUGACAUACCCUUUCAGCUGUGGAUGUGGAAACAACAAUCCAUUGGUAAAAAGCAAAGGGACCUGGUAGUGGUAUAAGGAAGCAGAUUUUGCUUAACCAUCCCAUUUUAACCAUCAUUGCUGGAUACAUUUCUUUUCCAGGAGCUGCGUUACACUGAAGAAGAACUGUACCGGACAAAGAAUACUCUGCAGAGUCGGAUAUCGGACAGAGAAGAGGAAAUUCAGAAGCUGAGAAACCAGGUAACUUGAGUAGACUUUAACUCUUCUCAUAAGAAGGGGAGAAACAUGGAAGCCCCUUGACCUCCUUGGAGGAAAGGUGUGAUGUCAGUGUAGCACAACAGAAUUAUUAGCCAACGUACUGCUGGUAGAUGCUGGAACAAACCAAAAGCUUCCUGUGAAAGCACAUAAAUGCUUUGGAUGUGGGGGAUGCUGGCAUCACAGUAGGACUGCUCCAGAUGUUGGGUUGGUAUUGGGUUGUUUUGUUUUUUAAAUCAUUUAUAUUAAAUACUGGCAUCCUUGUACCUGACAUUGCUCGGGACUUCAAGUUGUGCAGUGAGUGAUAUUGUACUGUAUCCUUGCUUGUGUUCAGGGAGAGCCAAACAGGGAAAUUGAUUUAAUUCAUGCCACUCUUGUGUGAUAGUCAAGAUGUUUUCAUCUCCUCUAUCCCUUUUCCUCCAGUGUGGUGUAGUGGUUGAGAGCGGUAGUCUCGUAAUCUGGGGAACCGGGUUCGCGUCUCCGCUCCUCCACAUGCAGCUGCUGGGUGACCUUGGGCCAGUCACACUUCCUUGAAGUCUCUCAGCCCCACUCACCUCACAGAGUGUUUGUUGUGGGGGAGGAAGGGAAAGGAGAAUGUUAGCCGCUUUGAGACUCCUUAAAGGGAGUGAAAGGUGGGAUAUCAAAUCCAAACUCUUCUCUUCUUCUUCUCUACCUAGCUGACAAACAAAACACUAGGUAGCAGCAGUCAAUCGGAGUUGGAGAAUCGGCUUCAUCAGUUGACGGAGACACUAAUUCAGAAACAGACCAUGUUGGAGAAUCUGAGCACAGAAAAGAACUCCUUAGUCUACCAGCUGGAGCGAUUGGAGCAGCAGCUGAAGACUGCCCAAGGUCCUUCAACCAAUGGCCCCUCCAUUAAUAUGGUGGGAAUUGACGGCGGCGAAGGUAAAAAUAGAGGCAUGUUGACGACUAACAACCAUGUUCACUAAGGAUGUGUGCAUUGUAAAUAAAUCCAUGCUAGUACAUAGACUGGGAAAAUACUUGGUAGCUAAGCAGGUUGUGUUGCUUUUCCCCCUCCAGUUAGAAUCCAGUGGGACCCACAGCAAAAUGUUGCGGUGGAUCUACUCUGAGUAUGAGUUGGUCAUGUACAGCAGUUUUAAGAGAAGCAAGUCAAUGACUGUGUAGGGCUUUUCAUUGAACUAUUGUUAAACAUUUGAUUACAACCAGUUUACAUUUUGAAAGUUUAACCUGCCCUUUUGUAGAGGUUAGUGGGCUACAGGAAGACACAUGGAGGGGUUUUAAUUCCUUUUCAAGCAAUUUUGUUGCCAAUAUACCAGAACUUUUCUGCAACGUAUUCAAAAUAAAACCUUCCCUGUUUUUUAAAUGUUUAAGCCUGGAAGGAAGUCCUUCUUUAAUUUUGAUUAUUUCUUUUCAUUAUUCUAUCUUGUAUAUUUUUGCUCAGUCUUUUGAGAAAUGAUAAAUAUUCUUCCCCCCCCCCCACUCCUAUUUAGUUGUGGUCAGGUGCUUAAUGAUAGUAAAACUACCCAAUGCAGCCAUUAGCUUGCUUCUCUUAAAAUUGUUUUUCACUUUAAAAUCAAAGUUUAUUUUGAUUUGAUUUUCUUGUCUUAAAAAAAAUAAUCUUCAAAAUAAUUAUGCAUGGUUGGGGGCUAUCUUUAGCCCCCUCCCCACACACUUUAAACCUACUAGAAAUUAUAAAACGUUGUGUGGGACUGGAAGUGUGAGCCAGUCAGUUGAGUGUAAUUAAUCAAUGACUUCAUCAGUGGCACAUAAAAAUGUGGAUUUCAAUUACAAUUGUCCCCAUUAAGAAAUUUCAUUACUCGUUACAUUCUAAUGUUCUUAAUGCAAUCAGUAAACUCAACAGGACAUUUCAUCGUGUCAAAAGUUAUUUUAGCAAGGGAAGCCUUUCAUCUAGACAGAGCUGUAGAAGAAUUUUCAGAGUAUUCCAGCACCCUUCUAAGGCAGUAGUAGCCCACUCCCAAGCAUCAAACAUUCCAACUCAACAGAUUUAAUCCCAUCAUCUGGACUAUGGUACCACAGUCCAGGACUCGGAAACAAACAAGGUGUCUGGUGCCAGAGUUAAAAAAAGCAACUGGUUUAGUAAAAGGCUAUGGAUGACUUGAGCAGGUUGGCUCUGCUCAGCACUAUAUUUGAAGCACUUUCAAAAUGCAGUGCAGCGCAGUCGUAAACCAGUUUACUCUGAAAUAAGAUACACUGUUUCCAUUGAGGCUUACUUCUGAAUAACUGCGUCUUUAUGAUGGCAGCCUUAAUUCAUCAUUUGGCUGCAAUCAAGAUACCGUAUUUUUCGCUCCAUUGGACGCACCGGACCAUAGGACGCAGAGAUCCCAAAACACCACUUCACCAGGUUGGGGCGCUCCCCGCAAUCCUGCGGCAGGCCGCCCUGCAGGUGGGCGUCCUGAGGCAGCCCGUCUCUUGGAGACAGCGGUGAAGCACCGCCCUGGAUUUCGGCCCCCGCGAACGAGACGGAGCCUCCGCCUCUGCGACAGGGUGAAGACCGGCAGAGGUUGACCCAGGGCGAGACGGCCUCCGUCCGCUGUCUCUGGAAGUGCCGGGGCCCGCCCGGAGUGGCCAGCCGCCGCGCUCCGGCAGCGCGUCCGCUGUUCUGGGAACAGCAAGACAGCUGGCGCAACCUCUUCACCCCGCUGUCCUGGAGGGCUGUCCGCCAGAACAGCGAGGGCUGGUGGCCCUCUCAGCCGUCCUGCAGAGCCCAGCCAGAAGGGGGGCCGUGCUCGUCUCUGUUUGUUGGGGCGCGCAUUUCUUAGUUUGGAGGGGGAAAUGUGCGUCCUAUAGAAUGAAAAAUACGGUAGCUAAAACUCCUUAGUCAGUUUACAGUCCAGCUUUUUUGUUUCAGCGCCCCUGCAGAAGUGUUGGGCCUGUGUUGUAUACUUUCUUCUCCUUCUUACUACAUGUAGGUUGUAGCAUUUCCCCCCAAAUGAAUCUCAUUUAUCUGUGUACAUGAGCUUAAGAUGUGCUCCUUCUGCUAUCCCAAUUGUGUGUACACAUAUCCUGGGAUUUUUAUUCCAUUGCAGAGCACUCGGUGUGACUUUCAAAAUAUGAGCUUGCUGUUGAAAUCAAGUAGCAUCUAAGCUGGGUCCUUCAUGUGUUGUGUUUGGGUGGUAUCGCAAUAGGUUCUACUUAAGAGUAGAACCAUUGAAAUGAGGGGACCUAACUUACUCAUUUUGGUUAAUGUCAGUAGGUCUGCUCUUGAGUAGGACUAUAGCCCUUUUCACUUUUUGUCACAGUAAUGUCAUAUGUGGAUUUUCAGUAUUACUGACUGGUUGAUGAAUUCUUUUUUCUGCUACUAAUUUUUUAAAUUGUUUUUAAUCUAGGUGCACGCAUGCGAAAUGUUCCUGUCCUUUUUAGUGAUCUUGAUGUUAAUGCAGCAGGAAUGUAUGGCAGAGUCCGCAAGGCUGCCAGCAGUAUAGAUCAGUUUAGGUGAGGAAUUGAAGCCAUUGUGGUUUUCUGCCUUUCCCUCUCCUCCCCUCCCCACCUGUCUACUUACAGAAUCGGCUAGUAAUAUAAACAUAAUUCUGAAAAACCAGUGAGGUGAACGAAGUCCUGAAUCUGGUACAUGGUCAUUUUAGAAGAGCCCUCCUUGUUCUCUCAGACAAGCCCACUGAUCUGCAUUCUUCUGCCAUCACUGCUCUGGUGGGGCAGGAAUCAUUCUCAUUGUCCCAUUUCUCCAUACUCUUUGAAAUCUCAAAAGGUAUUCUGUGUUAAUCUUGAAAAUUUACAUGUGUAAGCAAACGAAAGUUGUCUCUGUAAACGAACAAGAUAAGGCCUAUAGAUCAACCACCUUCUUAUAGGGAUUUCAGAAUCUAUCCCCAUCUGUGUGGAGCUGUAUGAUGCAGGAAACUCUAAAAUGUCAUGCCCCAUUUGAUGGCUGAGAGCUGGGUUGAGGAACUCCCGCCCACAGGGUAGAUAUGAACCACAGCCAAAUUUUAUCCAGGAAGUUCUCUCCUGCCCAUCAGCUAUUUAACAGGGAGCAUUUGGGAUGGAAAGGGUUUGAUGUUUUGCAAAGUGUGCCAUUACAGAUCUUUCUUCUGUAAGAAGUUCUGUUACAAGAAGGUAAAAGAAGAGGGGGAAAUGUCUCAGCAGAGAGGUAGACCUUCGUUCUUUGUAAACAUGCAAAAUGUGUCCAUGCAUUUUGCUGUUGCAUGCAAGAAAUUUCCAGGAUGCAGUUGUAUUUAGAAGUUUGAAGCUUUGAUGAGCUCUAAGAACUUGCCGUUCUGCUGUGAAUUGAUGCUUUCAGCUUCUUUUGGUAAGAUUCUGGAGUUAUUUUUGCCUUUCGUGCAAUCAGGAAAUAUAAACUGCUGGAGAGUGUGGCUUUUUAAAAAACAACAACAAUGAAGUUUUUAAUGGAGAAAAUUGAAAGUGACACUUGAGUUUAGUUGCCAAGAUUUAAAUGUAUGCCCAUUGUGUGUUAUUUUGUGUGGGCAUUACCCCACCCACUACUGGAAUACAGCCCCCCCCCCGCCUCACCUCUGGAUACUGCAAACUAUUCUCUUGACUAUGGCAGAAUGCUUCUUUCAAGCCUAAUUUCAGCAGGGCAUGGGAACCUGCCAGGAACAUGUCAGGAGUGAGUGAGUGUCCAUUGGAUCCAUGUUGCCCUCACCUGUCUUACCAGGUUGUUGUUGUUGUUUAAAAAAUUAACCACUGCUCCAGAAAUGAUUUAAACAGUAGUUCAUGGCUGCAAGCUAAUAACCAUAUAUUAUUCUCUAAUGUUGAUAUUGCAUUUGGUUGCAGCAUUCGACUUGGAAUCUUUCUACGACGGUAUCCCAUCGCAAGGGUAUUUGUAAUCAUUUAUAUGGUGAGUCUGUUUAGCCUACUUUGAAAGCACAGCAGUUUUAUUCCUUCUUACAUAAUAAAUAAUCUUCAUCUGACAGGCAUUGAGUGGCAUGUACAAGAAAAAUGGGAUAUAAUUAACAUUGGCAGUUGAGCAUGCUCUGUAAGUAGGUUAUGCAAGCUGCAUCUUGGAAUCAUGCAGCGCAAUAGAUGCUGGCUGUUGCCUUUUUAAAAAAGGUCUUGUGCUUCAGUGCAGUUUUACAGUUGGCUCUUAUCUUCUAGUAAUAAUAGUUUGCUCCCUUGAAGUAGCAAUGUGCCGUUUCUGGCAUUAGUAGUUGCUUUUGGUAGAGCAGCAUUUCCAACAUGGAAGCCCUGUGGCGGCGCAAGAAGCUAGGAACUGUCAAAGGUUGAAACAGGCACAUAUCAGUCCUGAAGAUAAGCUUUCAUGAGAAGACCACUUGGGUUGAAUGCCUGGGACUGCCUUAAGAGAGGAAACUGAACAUCCUGUUCCGUACCCCCACCCCAAGCCCAUCACAGCAAACAGGCUGCAGGCAGUUUGUUCCUGGAAGCUCAGGACAAUGACCACGUUAUGGUCACAACCCUGGAGCUGUCUUGCUGUAGUUGUGCCUCUCUUUGUACCCUAUCACUGUUUAGACCUACAACAAACUUAAUUUUUUUAAAGAAGAUUUUAAUAAUAAAAAUUAUACUUUUUAUCCUAAUUUAAACUAAAAAAUAAUAAUUGUGAUUCUGCCGCUGUUGCUGUCUGGAUCCUUUCUAUUUAUCUCACAGCUUCCUUGCAGCUAAAGCAUAUAGUACCAUCCCAUAGGUGGAAACCAGAAAUGCCGUUUACCUUCCCACCGCAGCGGUACCUAUUUUUUUACUUGCACUGCCGUGCUUUCAAACUGCUAGGUUGGCAGGAGCAGGGACAGAGCAACGGGAGCUCAUUCCGUUGUGGGGAUUCGAACCGCCGACCUUCUGAUUGGCAAGCCCAAGCGACUCAGUCGUUUAGAACACAGCGCCACCCACGUCCCUACUUGGCCCAUUUAGCUCAGCAUUGUCUUCACUGACUAGCAUAGGGACCCUGCCGAAUUUCAGCCAAGGGACAUUCCCACCCUACCUGGAGGUGCUGGGAAUGCAUGCAAACCAGAUGUUCUGUCAUUGUUUUCCUGCUCAAUCAUCACGGCAGAUAAGAUUUUUUUUGGGGGGGGGGGUAUGCCAUGAUUGUCCCAAAAGAAUGCAUCUGUUUUGCCUCUACAGGGGUGAAUAAAUUUCCAGCGCAUGUAAAACCCCUGUCCUUUUCCACUAGAGGGAACUUCAGCCUGUGCUUUGUCGUGGUAUCUUGCCUUGUUAUAUAAGCAAUCCCUUUUUGAAUUUCAUCUGCCUUCUUUUGGUCUCUCCACUUGUCGAAAAAAUGACUUUCUCGAGAGCAUAUUACUGAGUGUCUGAGAUUUUCAAUUUCUGGCUUCACAAUAGUGACGUACUGCAGGGGGCAGAAAAACACUUCAGCCGAACACCUACAUGUCGUUCCCCCCCAUGCCAGUUCCAAAUAUUAAAUCAAAUGGGCCAUGUUAAUUUCCCCUAUCUUUUAAAAUUAUUCAGACCCAAAAGUCCACUCCCACUUAACAGUAAAAUCUUUAGAUUAAUAUCCAAGCUCAGUUAGCAUCUGCAGUGUAUCAGCGUGGGUUCGGCCUUCCCACAAUGUAAUCUAUAAUCUCUUCAGCAGCCAUUGUCGCUGCCCACGGGAGACUCUCACAAGGUCACUGUAGUAUUUGAAAGGCUUUUCAUAACGUGUCUGAAACUGCACUUUACUUUGCCAUCGCUCAGAGCCCUUGUCGUGGCUAAUGCAAGAGUGUGCCUUCUCAGUUCCGUGAAAAAGGGGAAAAGUCAGAAUUCAUUUAUUUUGUAUUGCACCAAAAGCUUUUGCUUUAACCGUUUUGGCAUCUUGGGUAGGUAGAGAGUCAGUGUGAUGCAACAGAUAGAGCACUGAGAAGAACUGAGUUCAAAUCCUCCGUUGGCUAAUAAGCUGACUGGGUUUACUUUGAAGUGGUCUCUCUCUCUCUCAGCCUAGCUUACCUCCAGUACAUAUACACCUAUGGGGUCAUUCUAUUUUUCCUUCAAAAAGCAGAUGAAAGGAUAGCAUGGAAUGGCCCUGUGUAUGCAUAGGUGAACUGCUCAGCAGAAGAGCUGAUAUACCAGGGGUCACAAAACUUUUUCAGCAGGGAGCCGGACUAUAUAUAUUUGGGGGGGGGGCGGGAAGGAACAAAUUCCUUUGCCCCACAAAUAACCCAGAGAUGCAUUUUAGAUAAAAAGACAGAUUCUACUCAUGUAAAAACAUGCUGAUUCCCGGACCGUCCGCGGGCUGGAUUUAGAAGACGAUUGGGCCGGAUCCGGCCCCUGGGCCUUAGUUUGCCUACCCAUGUGAUAUACAAAUGCAAAUGGGUCUCUGUGCUUACCCCCCCCCCCCGCCAAUGCAAGUUCCCCAUCUGCACGUGUGAGGUUUUAUGGGGAGCACAUGUCUCAUUGCUGUUUCUUGAGUGGAAUUGGAUGAAUUUCCUCUAAUGGUGCAGGGCUUUGCCUCAGGAGUGGGAUCCAACAUAGUGCAAAGUUUCUCGUUCCACCAGAACAUUCCUCUCCUCUCGUCUCCCUGCUCACUCCCUAAAUCUUUUCUAGGGGUCCCCCCAAAACAUCUGGAGCAGAUUUGGAAAUGGUGUGUGCAUGGGGGGUGCCCAGAGAGUCCAAUUCUACAAGCUGAAAACCAUGUGCUGACGGGAUGCGGUAGUUGAAUACUGCCCAGGGUGUUUGGGUUUCUCACAGUUCAUAGUGUUGUGCACUAACUCCUUUUUCUCUCUUGCCAGGCGCUGCUUCACCUCUGGGUCAUGAUUGUUUUGCUCACCUACACCCCAGAAAUGCAUCAUGAUCAUCCAAGUGGGAAAUAAAACCCGAUUCCGGAACAGAAACAUACUUAGUUUAUGUAACCUUCAUUGGCCAAGGAGAAACCCCCCAACAGCUGACUGUUUGCAAGGGGGAGAGGGGUUUUGGCAUUGGAAAACAGGACAGCGGCUGCAUUUGUUUCCUUGCUACUUUCGCAAACUUAAAUUAUUUGGCAGGUGAUCUAAUUUAAGUAUCUUUCACUUCCAUGAGACAAAAGCCAUAUCCCUGGGGGAGAAGGCUAUUCGAAGAAUUCUAGCCUCUGUUCUGUCUUUUGUCCCUCCCUUAGCGUUGCACACACUUAUGAAGCCUGUGUAGAGCAACACCAUUUUUUGAAACGUAUACAUGGAUAUGGGGCAUACUGUAUUUUUGAUCCUGCAGGAAAUGGGCUCUAAUCAGGGAAACUAACUGUAAUUAGAAGCUAAAAUGAACUUCCAUUCAUUAUUGCACCUUUUAACUUUGUAAAUAUACAUUUAGCUUUUCUUUAAUAAGCUCUCUCACAGACCUGACGCCUGCUUCUCAGAAUUUACCUUAUCUGUAAAUAGCUUUAAAGAGAAAUAAAGAAUAUAUUGUGCAUUGCUUUAACUUUGGUCCUUCAAAAUUUUGGAGUGUCAUCCAUAGUAAUGCAGAAAACUGAUAUUUUUGAACCAUAUUUUGAUAGUCAUGUAUAGCCGUGUACAUAUGCAACUGUUAGAUUUGAGUGCCUUUUGUUCUUUGCAUCUUUGCCAUUGCCCAUCAGUUGCCUUAUUAAAUCUUUCCUGUCUUCAAAUUUUCAUGGUAUCGAUCUUAGCAUCAUGCUCAUUUAAUAGAAAGAAAAUAUUUAUUUAUAAAUUCAAACACAUUCAAAAAAUGUGUUGAGGAUUGAUCAUUAAAGGGGUUGGCAGCUGGCAAUAAAAGCAACCACCAAGCUUGAGCUAUUUUUGACCACUGUUGAUUUCAUGCAAUUUGUAUAUCCUCCUAUAUCUGCGGUCUAUUGAUCUGCCAGUGCAAAUUUCCUGUGGUCUUUCGACAUGCUUUCCUAUUAAGAGACUUUUCUUCCUUUUGCUUGUGCAGCUGAGAAACACAACAGUGAUUAAGGUGAAGGGAAUUAGAGCUUUUGGGUGUGAGGAAGGGGUAUGGGGCAAGCCAUCAGGUCCCUUUGGCUUCCACUGGAAUUUAUUCCCAGCCUGUUCUGAUGAUAAAAUCAAAGGAGCAUCGGAAGCAAGAAAUGUUGUAGCAAUGGAUGAUUUCACACAUAAAUGGCUACAUAAAUGUUCCUGUUAAAAUUUCUAGAUACUGUAAAUGACUGUGCCCUAAAGCAGUGGUCCUAGGCUGCAACUCCUGGUGCCAAGCUUUCCUUUGGGCCACAUCAGUGAGGCUGAGAGAGGG